CCCGGAAAAGCGACCGGCCGCGAGGUACCCUUCUGGGGAAUAGUCCCGCCCGGUGGGUGAUCAUGGAGGGAGAAGCGGGAGGGAGCUCCUCCGUCUCUAGCUCGCCGUGCUCGUCGUGCGGCGGCGCGGACGGUAAUGGAGGCGGUGGCGUUGUUGAGUACUUGAUCGGAGUGAUCGAGAAGGCUGGGUCCUACGGCGGCUACAGGAAGACGCAGAGGAAGGAGUGUCUGAAUCUGGCGAGGACGUUGAAGCUGCUGGUCCCGCUUUUGGAAGAGAUCAGAGAGGCCCGCCGCGCCGCAGAUUCCCCUGCCGGUGAUGGUUUGGACGCUGCCCUGGUUCGCCUGAGGCAAGCGGUGGUUGCGGCUAACAAGCUGUUGAAGCAAUGUCACUGCGGAAGCAAGAUUUAUCUGGUUCGCUAACUGU